GACCUGGUGGAACGAGGCAAAGGGCGGAGGAGCUGAUUGCGAAAUGUUAAAACACGGAGGAGAAGAGCACACGGAGGAUGGUGGAGACGAUCUCAGUGCAGAUCAACCUGCGCUCGGCGACGAAAAGGACCGAAAAUUCGAGGAAGAAUUGGACCCAAGAAUUCAGGAGGAGCUGGAGCAACUGAAUCAGGCCAGCCUUGACAUCAACAGGCUGGAACUCCAGCUGGAUGAUGCCAGGUCGAGCUACAGGAAGAUUCUCACAGAUUCUGCGAGGAAGCUAAAUGCUCAAGGCUCCCAGCUUGGAGCCUGCAUUGAGAAAGCGAGGCCCUACUAUGAAGCCCGCAGACUUGCCAAAGAGGCCCAGCAGGAGAGCCAGAAGGCAGCUCUGAGAUAUGAGAGAGCUGUUUCCAUGCAUACUGCUGCUAGAGAGAUGGUGUAUGUGGCAGAGCAGGGCCUCUUGGCUGACAAGAACACCAUGGAUCCCACAUGGCAGGAGAUGCUCAACCACGCCACCGCCAAGGUGAAUGAAGCAGAAGAAGAGCGACUACACAGUGAGCAGGAGCACCAGAGAGUCACACAACUCUGUCAAGAUGCUGAGGCCCGGGUUCAAACCCUUCAGAAAGCCCUGAAGAUCAUUCUCAAGUCCAAACCCUAUUUUGAGCUCAAGGCACAAUUCAAUCACAUUCUGGAGGAACAUAAGGCAAAAGUUGUACAGCUGGAGCAGGAGGUGACAAAUAAAAACCCAUAUUCUGUUGCCCUGCGCAACCUGGAGCAGAUCAGUGAGCAAAUCCACACACAGAGGGGAAGAGUCCGGGCCAGCAGGGAGCAGACGUCUGCUUGCGUGGGUCGAAGUUCUCCCGUGGGAGCUGAGGCUGAGGUCAGAGCUUCUGUCUGCAUUCAGAACAGCAGCUGUGGAGUUGUAGAUGGUAUAGACAACAACUGGGCAGUUGGAGAAACACGGUUAUGGGUGGAGAGACAUCGAGAGAGUGGCUGGGGCCAAAGGGAGCAGCUGGAGGCUGGGAAGACCGGAUUUGAUUGCAUGUCUGUCAUCAGCUUGCAGACCAUCGCCUCUGAUCUGGAGAAAUGUGACUCGGUGGAUCACCUCUGGGACUUCAGCGACAAUGGACGUGUGCUAGGGGAAACCUGGGAGCCAUAUAGGAAGUCGCCACUGAAGCAAGUGAGCUGGAAGGGUGUAAAUGAUGGACCACAACAGGACACGCCUGACCAAGAGGAUGGAACGGCUGGAAAAGAUACACAAGUCAGCUUUGUCAAGCAGCACCACAGAAGUGUUAGUCUGUGAUAUGCAAGCUGAUGACUGGGAAUCAUGAAACAAAAUGUAAGGAAGUGAGAG